CGUCCCCUCACCCCGCUCGACAUGCCGCCCAUUGAGGCCCUCAGGCAUCGAACGCGAGAUGCCAUAUCCUCAAUUUCCAGCAAUAAGCUGGCUUUAUAUGCAGUACUCUCCGUCUUUGCAACCGCAGGAUGCAUCGUCAAUGGCGCACGCAAUCACAGCAACUUUUACUCCGUCAUGAUCUACUUGUCUCGGAGCAGUGCCAGUGUCCUCAUCUUUGCCAACUUCGGACUCCUCCUCGCUGUCUUCUGCGGUCAUCUAGUGCAGCUCAUCUUCUUCGGCCCUCUGCGAGCAGUUGAGGUCGAGCGGCUCUACGACAGGACAUGGUACUUCAUUACAGAAUCCCUCCUGUCCUUUACCAUCUUCCGGGAUGAGUUCGACGCGUCGUUCGCAGUCAUGUUCUGCUUCCUCGUGUUCGUGAAGGCUUUCCACUGGCUAGCGAGUGACCGGAUAGAAUGGAUGGAUCAAAGACCAUAUCCCGGGCCGCCCCUGCUCUUUCACAUCAGAAUGUCGCUAUUGUUCAUGAUCCUCUGGCUGACGGACACAAUCAUGCUCCUGAUUGCCGUCGAAAGCAACUUGGCUAACGGCGUGAGCUGCAUGGUCCUCUUUGCAUGCGAGUACGGUGUCCUGCUCUCAUCUUGCUUCAGCACUGUGUCCAAAUACAUGCUGUCGGUAUAUGACUUCCGACGGGCGUCGAUUCGUGGCGGCGAAAAUGCGCCACCAUGGGAGCAUAAGAGUGUCAUCACGUUCUACAUUGACCUUGCGACUGAUUUCCUCAAGUUGGCCACAUACAGUGUCUUCUUCGUGGUCAUCAUGAUGUUCUACGGUGUUCCGCUCAACAUCAUUCGCGACGUGUUCAUGACCGGACGGUCGUUCUUCAUGCGUUUACGUGCAUUGCACCGCUAUAGGACGGCGACAAGAAACAUGGACGAGCGAUACCCCAAUGCCACUGCCGAAGAACUCGAAGCCAUGUCUGAUCGAACAUGCAUCAUCUGUCGCGAAGAAAUGGUCCAACAGCCAGCGCCCAACGAACAAGGCCCGAACCCUCCGGAGGGCCCCAAUCAAACUCCAAAGAAGCUCCCUUGUGGCCAUAUCUUCCAUUUCUACUGUCUUCGCUCCUGGCUAGAACGUCAGCAGAGCUGCCCGACCUGUCGCCGCACGGUUCUCGAGACGACGCCGCAGGGUCAGGCGCCGCAAAAUGGCGUAGCGAGGCCGGCCAAUCAGCCAGGGAAUGCCGCUGGGGCCGCCAAUGCACCAGCGGGGAACGCAGCGGGUCAAGCAGGGGCGAACCAGCGGAUGAACAAUAUCAACAAUGCGGCGCGCUUCGUGGGUGGGCUCUUUGGGGGCGGCGCGGCGCGACCUGCCGGGGUACCUGCUGCACCUCAGCCUGCGCAGACGCAAGCACCACAACAGCCGCCCAAUAAUCGUAUUCACGUGCAGCAUCUACCCGCUGGUGGACUCGUCGUUCAGUACCACAUUCACUAUGGCCCAGGAGGGCAGCAGGGUACCGGGACACCGACUGUCACGACCAGCCGACCGCCUUUGCAGGAUGUCCAGCCCCUCGAAGGAUUUAUGGGACCCAACGGCGUCUGGCAGCCUUGGCCGAACCCUGCGAACGAGGCGCCUACUACGAGAGCCCCCACCUCACCUACCUCGCCAACCUCACCCACAACCAGUACGGGCAGUCAGGAGACUGCUUCCAGUACGUCUACGAGCACGGCAACUCCAUCGCAGGGAUCAGAGACGGAGAUAUCCGCGCGCGAAGCGGCGCGUGCCGCGUUCUUGCGCAGGAUGAACGCGGGUGGGCCCUCUAGCACCAGCGACGGCACCGCUGCUGAGGUCAGUGCUCCGACUGCUAGUGCCUCCGCAACCUCUGCCACCGCCCCUACUGCUACUACGCCUACCCCUACCAUGACUACGCCGACCCCUACCACCACCACUUCCCCCGCCCCGCUGCAAGUGCCGUUGCUCAUCCCCGCGGUCGACGAGAUCGAGAUCCGGCGCGCGCCGCCGUCUGCGGCGCGGAUGUCGGACGAGGAACUGGGGCGGAUGGACCGGCUGACAAGGGAGGCGAUCGACGAGCGGCUGCGCGUGCUGGAGAGCGUGUCGCAGACGGUGUAUGGGUGCGUGGACGAGCUUAUGCGUCUGCGGAGCUCGCUGCCUGCGAGGGCGACGCCGCAGGAGGGCGAGGAGGCGAACCAGGCUGGCAGCUCGGGCUCGACCGGUUCGUGAGGGUGAAUAGUAUCCGAGUCGAGUCGGUCACCCCACGUCCGUUCGCUCACCGCACGGGUGCUUGGGCGCUUAACGAAGGGUUUGCCGUUCUGACAGACGCUCGUGUACCAUAAGUAGGGAUCGCUUCUGUAUUAGGUGUCGUAUGCUAAAGCACAUGGAAGAAGGAGAGUGAUAGGCGACGGCCAGGAGUGUAAGGGUGUGUAACUUCGUAAAAAGGCCAGCCCAAGACCAACCUAAGAA